AUGCCGAACGAAAUCAAAGAUAUCACCACCCGCGACGAAUCGUCCUUGCCCUACAUCUACGAGCAGAAUGUUUCAAUUUCCCUGAAAGACGAAUCAGGCCUCGUCCGCGUUAAUGUCUACCGUCCCAAGGGCUCAGAAAAGGUCCCCGUCCUAGUAACAUAUGGACCUUAUGGAAAGGAUAUCCCUUACAAGGACUUCCACCCCCAGAGCUACAGCGAGGUCAACCCCGAGCAACGCUCCGAGCAUUCGUCCUGGGAAACCCCCGACCCAAAGUACUGGACCAGCCAGGGCUAUGCAGUCGUGCGUGCCGAUGAGCGUGGUACCGGACAGUCGGUCGGCAAGCUCGACACCAUGUCCCGAGGCACGAGCGAAGCCUUCUUUGACGUGGUGGAAUGGGCUGCCGAGCAGCCUUGGUCUUCUGGAAAGGUCGGUCUACUGGGAAUCAGUUACUACGCCGGUAGCCAAUGGCGUGUUGCAGCGCGACAACCGAAAGGACUCUCUUGUAUCAUUCCCUGGGAAGGCAUGUCGGACUAUUACCGCGAUCGAUGCCGACACGGUGGAAUCCUGGCCAACUCAUUCAUCAAGUUCUGGUGGGAUCGCCAGGUCGGCGAUCUGUCUGAAGAAGAACUCAUUCAAAACCGUCAAGACCAGACGAUCGAUAACGCGGAGAACAAAUUCCGCGACGAUCUGUACUAUGCCUCUAAGGAGUAUAGCAUGUCGGAUAUCCAAGUCCCGCUUCUAUCAGUCGCAAAUUGGGGCGGAAUCCUCCUCCACCUCCGCGGUAACGUCGAAGGAUGGACACAAGCAGGCUCGGAACUAAAAUACCUCCGCUUCAUCGCCGGCCGCCACGAUCUCCCCUUCUACUACUCAGAAGAAGUCGAGAUCCAACGCAGUUUCCUCGACGCAUUCUUGAAAGACGACGACCGCGCCGGCUGGUCAACAGGCAAAGCACCCAAAGUCGACAUCCUCCUCCGCAAAGGGGAUGUAGGAUUCAACAACGCAGAAGCAGAGAAGACAUUCCCCCGACGCAUCGAGCACGAGUGGCCAAUUGCGAGAACCCAGUAUACGAAAUUCUACCUAACAUCAACCAACGAGCUGAGCACCCACGCAUCAAUCGAGAAAAAGAGCACCAAAAUCUCCUACGCGGCUCUGGGCACGAUCGAGAAUCCCUCUCUCAUCCAAUUCAAGACCGCACCUUUCGAAAAAGAAACUGAAAUCACAGGCCACAUCGUCACACACCUUAACGUAUCAAUGAGUGCAAACCCCGGCUCCACCACACCGCAAGAUCUAGAUCUCUUCGUGACACUGCGCCACAUUUCACCAGCUGGAAAGGAAGUCUUUUAUACCGGCACAGCUGGUGACCCCGUACCUCUUUGCAAGGGUUGGUUACGCGUGAGUAUGAGGAGGGUGAAUGAGAAACAUGCCCGCCAUCGGGAAUAUUUGCCACACCGCGAUUAUUGUUCUAGUGAUGUUUUGCCUGUUUUGCCGGGCGAGGUUUAUCCGGUUGAUGUGGAGGUUUGGCCUACGAAUGUUGUUGUUGAGAAAGGGGGACGGAUUGUUUUGGAGGUUUCUAGUGGUGAUACGCAGGGGUCGGGUAUCUUUUUGCAUAAUUCCGUGGUUGAUCGGUCGGUUGAGCGGUUUGAUGGGAUGAAUCAUGUUCAUUUUGGGAUUGGGGAGAAUCAUGUUACUCUUCCUAUUAUUUCGUGA